AUGUGCCGUCGCGCGGGGUCUGUCCUGAAGACGCAUCUGAGGAAGCUCGUCAAGACACGAAUGCGAGGGGAAACCUUACGCAAGUGGAUUGGUCGGAACAUCGACAAUUCCGUGCUUGCGCUGAGCAUUGACAUCUUUCAAGUGUUUCUCGGUCUAUUGGUGACGAUCGUGUACUUUUCCCAGAAUUGGCUCGAGUUCAGUCCCAACUUGGAAUCGUACGAACUUAUCAUGCUGCAGUGGGUGAUCGGCAUCUUCUUCUCGCUGGACUACAUCAUGCGACUGUACGCCGCCGACAGCCGUCGAAUAUUCUUCCUCAGUCCGUUUGCACUCGUGGACCUCGUUACGAUCUUACCCCAGUGGUUGGAGGUGCUGUUCGAAGCGAACGAAGAGUUCCGGUCCAAAGCCAGCGCCAUGAAGACCCUCCGCGCACUGCGCUUCCUGCGCGCGUACCGGUUGCUCGUGUUUUCCAAGACUGCCAAGGGGCGGCAAGGCGGCGUCCUCUUUCUCACGGUCAUGUCAAUCAUCGUGUGCUCGGCAGGCGUGAUCCAAGCCGUCGAGAGCUGCGGCCCUGGCGACGUCCAAGGCAAGAACUGCCAAAGCCUCGAGAUCUACAACGCAUGUUACUUUGUCGUGAUCACCAUUGCCACCCUCGGAUAUGGCGACAUUGCACCCAAGACCCGCAGCGGCAAAGUGUGUGUGAUCUUUUUGAUCUUUUCGACGGGCAUUCUGCUCCCGCUACAGAUUAGUCGGUACAGCGACAUUCUCAGUCGAGAGACCGAAUACGACAAAUCGUUCACGGCCAAAAAGGAAAAGAAUCCGCACAUUCUCAUCUGUGGCGAAGUGAAUUCGAGUGCGUUGGACUUUUUCCUCCGCCAAUUCCUGCACCCAAACAACAUGAACUGGAAGGACAAAGUCGUGAUCUUGUGUCCAGGGCUGCCCUCCCACAACCUCAAGCGCAUCCUCCUCAACAGCGCGUACGAGCAGCGAGUCGUGUACCUCCAAGGCAGCGCCAUGCUGGACUCGGACCUCAAGCGCGCGGGGGCAGCCAACGCGCGACUGUGCUUUGUCCUGCUCAACAAACUCUCGACCGACGGCGACCGUAGCGACACAGCGUCCAACCUGCUUACGAUUUCCCUCCGCCACCACACCAAGCGCGUGCCGCUGUUUGUCCAAGUGCUCAAGACAGACAACAUCCGUCACGUGCACUUGUCUGGCGCGAGCAACAUUGUGUGUGUGGACCAGCUCAAGAUGGGCUUGCUCGCCAAGUCGUGUGUCAUUCCUGGGCUGUGCGCUCUCGUGUGCAACAUUCUGUUUACAUUUCGACCGUUUUACAAAACCAGCGGCCUGUGGACAUCGGAAUUUCUCCAUGGGUGUGCGCACGACGUGUACGAAGCGCACGUCCCCACGUACUUGCAAGGCAUGAUGAGCAUGGCCACGCUCACGCUCAUCAUGUACUGCGAGUACCACGUGAUCCUACUGGGGGUGACGGACAACUUGGACAAGUUCCACCUGUUUCCAUCCAAACUUCGCCUUCGCAAGUCGCACACGGUGCUAAUCUUGUCCAAAACCCCCGACUGUUCGCGGUGGCUCGAAGGCUUGUCGUUGUAUACGCUGCAAAAGUACCAGCACUGGAUUUCAGAGUUUGCUGCGAUUUCCGACGCGUGGCAAGGCGGGACGCUCAGCGGGCGCCUUCGAACGACCCGGGAGCUCAUGCGCAAGUCCAUGAGCUUGUCCAGUGGUCAAACCAGGCGCACGUUGCGCUACGCCCUGGCUAAAACCGAUGACGUGAUGAAAUCACCCCCACACACGCGACCGUUCACAUCGUCGCAGAUCGUGCCGUGCACAGGCCCAUCGGACGACAAGCAUCAUGACGAAGGGGGGGACGAAGAGGAAGAGGUGGUGGUUGCCUACGUUCCACACGAGGAUAACCCGCCACUAGCUUCUUCUCCCCCUCCAGUCAAUUCCCAUGCUCAAGUCACGCACAAAACGACUACUCCCCUCGCCUUGUCGACAACGGCAAUACCAGGGAUCGGCAAAGUCGCCCAUCCUUCUUUGAGUGACGUUAUCCCCACCACAGCACAAGCAACUCACGAGUGCCCCCACCCACUCCGCCACGCCCCCCUCGCCCCCGUGCAACUCGAACGACCCCUGAGCAUCUGCACCCCCACAUCGUUGCCACGGACGGACGUAUCCCCCGCCAGUCCCAUGGAGCCCCAUCCACCUACUUGUCCCCCGUCGCCUCACAAAGCCGCAUCCCACGGCAAGAAACUAUCAAUCAGUUACAUGGCGUUUCACAACGAGCGCAUCCCCGCGGACCUGUCCAACCACAUCAUCCUCUGCGGGAUGCCCAACAUGCUGCACGACUUUGUGGCGCCGCUGCGACCGGGCGUGCCCCGCGCCAACCAGUCGACGUACAGCCUCACAGACCCCCUCCCCCCCCCCGACGAAAAUGCCAGCGACAACUCGGCCCCCGUCGUGCCCAUCGUCGUCAUCUCCCAGGUCCCGAUCACGGAAAAGCAACACGCGAGUAUCGCCAUGUUUGGCCACGUUUACUACAUCCACGGGUCCCCCCUCCACGAGAGUGUGCUCCGGGAAGCAUGCCUCUACUACGCCAAGAGCAUUGUCAUUAUGAGCGCGUGUACUCAGAGCCAGCAGGACGUCGACGGAGGAGGACGCCAUCCGCACCACGUGCCCACAGAGUACUUUGUGGACCAAAACAUGAUCGAUACGGACGCCAUCACACUGCAUCGGUUCAUCACCGAAGCGUGCGAAAUCAACUGCCCCAUGGACGCUCCCCUCCCCACGGUGAUCAUUGAGCUCAGUCGACCGAGCAGUUUGCGGUUCCUUAAAGACGAUCAUAUCAAAGUCCAAGAUGCCGACAUGGAAAGCCACGUCAAAGCCAUGACCAAGCAAGUGCUGUCCCGGGCAGACGACCCCCUCGACAACAUCUGCCACCCCCUGUACGCCGCAGGCAAAGUGUGUGUGGCCAACUUUCUCGAUGCGUUGCUCGGCAGUUGCAAUUCGUAUGGGACGAUGGUAGACUUGUUUCAUUUGCUCAUCUUGGGCGAGCCAGCGUUCGAGUCGACAUCGAAAACGCGCGCGAUCGACCAGAUGGCCGUGCCCAAACACAGCUGGGGCGUCUUGUACGGCCAACUGGUCCAAGACAUGAUUACGCAACAGGACACGCUCGUGAUUGGCUUGUACCGGUCCCGCGGCGGGGGACUCUUUUUUGUGUUUGUGAAUCCCCCUGAAGACGUGGUCGUGACCCCCCAAGAUCGGCUGUUUAUCAUACGCUAA